AUGUCACCUGGAGAAAAACUGGACCCACUUCCUGACCCCUUCAUCCUGCAGCCGCCAAUCUUCCACCCGGUGAUUCCUUAUGUCACGACAAUUUUCGGGGGCCUGCGUGCAGGCAAGAUGGUCAUGCUACAGGGAGUGGUCCCUCUAGAGGCACGCAGGUUCCAGGUGGACUUUCAGUGCGGCUGCAGCCUGCAUCCCCGGCCAGAUAUCGCCAUCCACUUCAACCCUCGCUUCCACACCACCAAGCCCCACGUCAUCUGCAACACCCUGCACUUGGAGCGCUGGCAAGCCGAGGCCCGGUGGCCCCACCUGCCCCUGCAGAGAGGAGCCUGCUUCCUCAUCCUCUUUCUCUUUGGAAACGAGGAAAUGAAGGUGAGUGUGAACGGACAACACUUUCUCCAUUACCGCUACCGGCUCCCACUGUCCCGUGUGGACACCCUGGGCAUAUUUGGUGACAUCCUGGUGGAGGCCGUUGGAUUCCUGAACAUCAACCCAUUUGCGGAGGGCAGCAGCGAGUAUCCGGCUGGAUACCCUUUCCUGCUGAAGAGCCCCAGCCUGGAGGUGCCCUGCUCGCGUGCCCUUCCCCAGGGUCUCUGGCCCGGCCAGGUCAUCGUACUGCGGGGGCUGGUCUUGCCCGAGCCAAAGGACUUCACACUGAGCCUGCGGGAUGAGGCCGCCCACGUGCUUGUGACGCUCAGGGCUUCCUUUGCAGACAGAACUCUGUCCUGGAUCUCGCCCUGGGGGCGCAAGAAGCUGAUCUCCGCCCCCUUCCUCUUCUACCCUCAACGAUUCUUCGAGGUGCUGCUCCUGUGCCAGGAGGGCGGGCUGAAGCUGGCGCUCAACGGCCUGGGCCUGGGAGCCACCAGCCUGCACCAGCAGGCCCUGGAGCGGCUGCGGGAGCUCCGGAUCAGUGGCAGCGUCCAGCUCUACUGUGUCCACUACUGA